AUGGAUUUAUCCGACGCCAGAUCCUCUGACGCCGAAGAAAACGGCGAAUCUUCCAGUCGGCGCAAAUCCGGGCGUGCAAUUAGGAAACCCCAACUAUUCUCACAGGAUGUGAGUCUCAUCACUAAUAUACCCGAGAAGAGGAAGCGGUCAAUGGCGAACGAGCACGAAGGAGAGAACGACGAAGAGGACGCGGAAGAGUCGGAAUCUGAGGACGACCCAGAAGACGACGAUCCAGACGAGGAAGAAGAAAGAGAACGCAGACGCACAACACGCAGAGCAGCAACUAGAAAAAAACAAAGCGGAAAACCUAGUUCAAAACCAACACCAUCACGCGCCGCGAAGAAAGCAAAAACCAACAGUGCUGGUAAAUCACUUGCUAUUCGGCCAGCAGCUAAUGGCAAGACCAAGAAAGCGGCACCAAAGAGGAGGACCGCUCCGCCAAGACCAAUCUUCCAUGCUACCUCAGAAGGACUGUUUGGCGAUCUGUUCGAGCACGAAAAAGAUACGGAUGUCGUGGUAGAGGACUGGUUGUCAGCAUACGAAAAAGACCCUGUGGAGGGCAUGCGCGUGCUUUUCAAUCUGUUCCUCCAGUGUACAGGUGCCGACCUUUCGGUAGAUACCGCGGAUGUGACAGAUGAGGACCACUGGCCACAGCGUAUACAAGAUCUACAAGAGGCUCAUCUCGAUACUGAGCCUUCCGACUACCCUCUCACUUCUAAAGACAGACGCUUUCGCAGCUUCCGAUCUACGAUCGUGGACUUUUGCGACUCCUGGAUCGAGAGUCUCCAUCGCUCUUCCUUGCUAUAUAACUCGUUUGCUCCGGGUAUGAAGGUGGAGACAUGGCUCAAUAUAAUGUCGAGCUCUGGAAAUAGAGCCUUCAGGCAUACGGCAACUCUAUGUUCAAUCACGAUAGCGAGUGCCUUGUGCGAUAUUGCUGAAGAGAUCGCGACCGCUGUCUCCACCUCUCGCAAACAGUUAGAGAGCGAGAAGAGGAAGAAGCAAGCGAACAAAGGCCGAAUUAGCACCAUAGAGGAUACAAUCCAAGAGAACGAAGAGAAGCUGGUAACGAUAGAAGAGCUUCUCAAAGAAGCAUUUGACACUAUGUGGGUUCAUCGCUACCGCGACGUUGACUUCAAGAUUCGUAGCGAAUGUUUCUCUGGAUUGGCCCGGUGGAUCCAGACACAUAGGGAGAUGUUCUUCGAACCCCAGUAUGUGCGCUAUCUCGGUUGGGGCCUCUCGGACUCUGUCACUCAAGUACGUUUCGCUGUUGUCGCGCAGCUUCGCCAGAUUUACGAGAUCAAGUUUAGUAUCGCUACCCUUCGGACUUUCACCGGCCGAUUCCUUCGUCGAUUAGUCGAGAUGGCAAUGCGGGAUACCGACACCAAUGUCCGUGCCUCUACCGUUGAGCUACUAGGCCUGAUUAGAAAUCAAGGCUUGAUGGAAAAUACUGAGAUCGAUCAAGUUGGUCAAUUGGUAUUCGAUGCUGAGCCGCGUAUUCGUAAAGCGGCCGGUCGUUUCUUUGCGGCAAAUCUCCAGGAGAUCUUUGAAACCCACACAGAAGAGAUGGCUGAGGAUAUUGCCGAGACUUUCGGGGAGCAAGAGGACGAUGACGAUUUUGAGGCCCCUAAGAGAUCCUGGAUCAAGUAUAAAUGUCUUGCAGAUAUACUUCAAUCGUACGACGGACAAAGGGACGAUCAGGCAAUAGAGCGCCAGCGUCUAGGCACUGUUGAGGCACUGUCGGGUGCGCCAGUUGAGUCGCGGUUCUUCCUCGCUACUCAAGCGAUCUAUGAACACUUGAAAGAGCUUUCACAGUGGCAAUCUUUGGCAGGGUAUCUUCUCUACGAUCACUCCCAGAUUUCGGAGUCUCCUCCACAGGAUGAGGUUAGCAACGUGCGUCAAUUCUUUGCAUUAGAAGAGGGCCAAGAUAGCAUCCUACUUGAGGUAUUAGUCUGUGCGGUCAAACUUCGGAUACUAGAAAUCGCUCGAUCGGAUAUCAACAAGCGGGGACAAAAGAUCAAGUCGUUAACAGACAAGAUUCCCGAGCUGCAGGAAGAGACGGCACACGACCUUACCCAAAUAAUCCCACGUUUGUUGAACAAGUUCGGUGCUGUACCCGAAGCAGCUUCGGCAGUCCUACGACUGGAGCAUCUCGUCGACUUGGACAAAGUUCAGAACUUACAAAAAGACACAACUUCCUAUACCUCCCUUCUCAACGACAUAAAUCGGCAGUUCCUUACUCACUCUGACCAAGAUGUCCUUGCCGAGGCUAGUGUUGCCUUCUUACAUGCACGAAGCUCAGAUGAGAUGAAGGAGGCAAUGGAAAACAGAGUCCAGGAGCUAUGGGAUGACAUGAUUGACACAUUUGGCACGAUAUCACAAAACCGAGAUGUUCAGGCUGGCUCAUCAGUUUCCAAGAGUGUUCUAGUCGAACUCUCUAACACCGUCGCAAGAAUAGCCAACCUUGCAAGUAUCGUUGACUGCACUAGUAUUAUUGAAACAGUACCAGUCGCCGCAGGCAAGAAACGCAAGCAGAGCUCAGAAGCGCCUUUCAACACCCUCAUUCACUUGGUCAAGCGUGGCAUUCGCGAGGAAGAGUCAAGCGAGAGGCUUCGAAGUCUCGAAACCGAGACCGUUGUGAACAGCAUCAAAACACUGCUUUUCUACUUUAUGUGGAAGGUGCAGGCUUUAUCGACCGCAGUCAAAUCCGGCAGUGCUAAGUACAGCACAUCGUAUUUUGAGACCUUGGCAAAAAGUCGUGACGUGUUUGCUGCUACUCUGACUGCGGUCAUGCAAGCAAGGAAAAUUCUCGAUGAUAUACGGUUUUCUGCGGUGACAACUUUCCUGGAUUUGCAGACAUUGUUUGGUACAUUGCGAAACAUUGGAAUGCAUGUCAAAGGUGGUCCAGAAAAUGUUGAUGAGGAUGUUCUUUUCCAAACCCAAGGACUCGCACAGGAAAUCAUACCCCCAACACAAAUCCUCAUCUCCAAGUUUCACGAUGUGGCUGAACGAUCUCUAGCUAAGAGACUGAAGAAAGAGAUUCGUACUUCUGUAGAGGAUGAUGAUGGUCUAUUGGAAUCGGCACAGGACCUCAAGGACUUGCCCUCUGAUGACGAGGAAGAGAACGAUGAACAAGAUGAGGAUACUGUUGAAGACGAGUCUGUUGCAACGGAACGACUGCGCGCGACGAUAUUGGCCGAGCAACGACUAUGCGAGCUCACCGGCAAGAUUGUUCUAGCCAUUACCGGCCGCGUCAUAGACAACUCUGGAUCACAACGCGGCAAGCUGAAGAAGAAAUUGCUCGUGAACAAAUCUCUACUGGGUCCCAACUAUAAAGAAGUUGUCGCAUUCCUGGAAGAACGCAAAGCACGGCCCGCUGCUAGUAGCAAACCCAGCAACAAGCAAGGUGCAGCCGCUGGACUCGCGUCGUCGAAACCCAGUGAGGCUCUAGAGUUAGAAGACGACCCCAUCGAAGAUGACGCAGAUGCGAAUGCAGCCGCUGUCGAGGAAGAUGAGGACGAAGAUCUUCAUGCUCGCGGUCUUGUUGAGGAGCACAUUGACGAUGACGACAAUGAAAAUAACGAAAAGGAGGGUGAAGGCGAGGAUGGGUCCGAGCAAGAAGAGGAAAACGGCGUUGCCGAAGAUGGAGAAGAGGAGGAAAACGGCGACGAAAACGAAGACGAGGAUGAAAUAAUGGGCGAUUGA